AUGCGACUGCCAUAUCGGAACAAGAAGGUCACCCUGUGGGUGCUCUUCGGCAUCAUUGUCAUCACUAUGUUCCUAUUCAAAUUCACCGAGCUGCGGCCCCAGUGCCUCUUCAAGGUGGAUGCCGCCAGCGAGCUCAGCUCCCAAAUGGUUCGCGUCGAGAAAUACCUCACAGAUGACAAUCAACGCGUUUAUUCAUACAACCGUGAGAUGCCAUUAAUAUUCAUAGGCGGCGUGCCCAGAUCUGGGACGACUUUGAUGCGCGCCAUGCUGGAUGCCCAUCCCGAUGUGCGCUGCGGUCAGGAAACCCGCGUCAUUCCACGCAUCCUGCAACUCCGCUCGCACUGGCUCAAAUCGGAGAAGGAAUCGCUGCGCCUGCAGGAGGCCGGCAUCACCAAGGAGGUCAUGAACAGUGCCAUUGCACAGUUCUGUCUGGAAAUCAUCGCCAAGCAUGGCGAGCCGGCGCCGCGCUUAUGCAACAAGGAUCCGCUGACGCUGAAAAUGGGUUCCUAUGUCAUCGAGCUAUUUCCGAACGCAAAAUUCCUAUUCAUGGUGCGCGACGGUCGGGCGACCGUUCAUUCGAUUAUAUCGCGCAAGGUGACAAUCACCGGUUUCGAUUUGAGCAGCUACCGCCAGUGCAUGCAGAAGUGGAACCACGCCAUCGAGGUGAUGCACGAGCAGUGCCGGGACAUGGGCAAGGACCGCUGCAUGAUGGUCUACUAUGAGCAGCUGGUCCUGCAUCCGGAGGAGUGGAUGCGCAAGAUAUUGAAAUACCUGGACGUGCCAUGGAACGAUGCGGUGCUGCAUCACGAGGAGUUCAUCAACAAGCCCAAUGGGGUGCCCCUCUCCAAGGUGGAACGCUCCUCGGACCAAGUGAUCAAGCCGGUGAACCUGGAGGCCAUGUCCAAGUGGGUGGGCCAGAUACCGGGCGAUGUGGUGCGCGACAUGGCCGACAUUGCGCCCAUGCUGUCCGUGCUCGGCUACGAUCCGUACGCGAAUCCGCCGGACUAUGGUAAGCCAGAUGCAUGGGUGCAGGACAACACGUCGAAGCUAAAGGCCAAUCGCAUGUUGUGGGAGAGUAAGGCCAAGCAGGUGCUGCAGAUGUCCAGCGAGGAUGAGUUCAACAACAACAAUAGCAACAACAAUAAGGACGCCAACAAUAAUCAGUACAAUGUCAAUAAAAUUAUGCCAGAACAGCAACAGCAACAGCAACAACCACAACAACAGCAACACAGACAGCGGCAACAGCAGCAUCUGCAGCAGCAGCAGCAGCAGCAUCAACAUCAUCAGGAGAUUGAGGGGGAAGGGGAAACGGAACCGGAACAAGAACAAGAAUUGUUGCAUCAAAAGCCAAAGGAUGUCAUUACGAUAAAGCAGCUGCCAUUACAGAAUGGCAAUAGCAACAGCAACAGCAAUGGCAAUGGCAAUGGCAAUGGCAACAAUAACGAGAACAAGAAUGGCCCCAUGGCGGAUACAUGAUAUCCGCACAUACCCAUAAGACUGCCGCCGCGUGGCAAGCACUGAGGCGAGCUGGGGGGAAAAGGGAGAGAGACCGAUACCGAUACCGCAACCGAUAAGGACACUGGCUAACGAUAAGGAUAAACGAUAAUACUAACAAUUACGAUACACGAGAAAAAACCAAUUUUGAAUUGAAUUAGCCGCCGGUAUAUAGGCAACGUGUAAAUGUUACCAAAGUCAUCUACACGGUAAAUGUUAGCACAGUGCCGACUUCAAGUUGCAGGGAUAUGUACUAUAUAUAUAUCGUCCACUUCGAUUCCAUAUUCAUUUAAUUUACGCAUUAAUAUCUCUUAAUUAUUAAAUUGAUUGUUCCAUCGAAUGGUAAUUGCAAUGCCUACCCACUACCUACCUUAAUCACGCCAAUCACACGGUCUAAGCUCGCCCAAUGGGACUUCUCAAUAGUUUAAUGGAAUUUUUUAUCAUUUUCUAGGCUAAAAUCGGGGCUCUUUUUGUACUAUUCAAAUGUCACGAGGGGAAGUGAAGGGAAAAAAGUGUAAGAAGACUUCCUCCUCGAUACACUUUUACUCAGUUUAGAUAUUUUUGUACAACUUACACUGUUCUUUUCACGAAUAUAUCUCUAAUUGUGUACAUACAUAUAUAAAUGUUAUAAUUUUUACCAAAAAAAAAACGAAGAAAGAAGGAAGGAAUCUCGCUCGACUCUUUAUGUAGGUUUAUAUCUGGACAUUUGAAAAUUACCAAGUUAAGCACUGUUUAUAGUUUGCAAACACUAAGAUGACAAAUUAUUGAGAGAACGUGUUAAACUUUUUAACGAAAGAGCUUUUAAGGUGUUUAGUUUAAAUAACAAUAAUCGUAAUGUAUAUGAAAUAUUUGCUGCUGAUGAUAGAAAAAAAGACGUGAACUUAGACUAGAAAAAACUUUGUUGGUGUUUUUUUUUUUUUUUUUUUUGUGUUGCAAUGAAUUGACUGAAUGUAAAAAAAAAAUAAAGUUAAAAGCUAAAUAAAUUCACAAAAAAUAAUAUAAAUAUAAAUGUAUACCAUUUAACUGAAUGUCUAAAUGUAUGUUAUAUGAGAGAGAUCCCUGGCAGUACCAGAAUUCCUUAAGGAACAAAGUCCUGGCGAAAUCCCAAUGAAUUCCGACUGAAUUUAUUGAAAUUGAGAAUGUUCUGGAGGAAUUCCCAAGGAAAUUACAAAGGAACUUCGAAUUCCCCACUCUGAACAAUUUCCUUCCGAAAAUACUCGGGAAUUUCCUUUCGAAAUGUCUUAAAUCCUUGGGAAUUCCUGGUACUGCAGGGUUAUACUAGAUUUUAAAGUGUAUAUGUGUAUGGAUGUGAAGAGUAGCAAGUUAGCCAAGCUAAAAUCAUUAUUUUGACUGCUGGUUCAAGGAAACUUACUUCCGAUUUAAAUGGUUACCAGCUAAAACUUGUAGGGAAAUUAAAAUUCCAAGUGAUUUCUUUAAGAGAGAACCGAAUAUGUAGACCAUUUAAUUUGGAAGCGAGUCUUACGUUUCGUAUUUUUAGUAGCAGACAGAGGGAAGGCAGACGAGGGGACUCCCCCACACUCCGUCCUAACUGGUGUGGGCCGGGGUAAAAAGCUAUUUCAUGUACUUACUUGCCCUUAGCUUUGCCCAUUUACUUUUAUACAUUUAAUUUAUUGAGAAAUGAGAAUUGCUGACAAUAAAUAAGAGAGAAACGGAAAAUCAUGCUUGCUCGCUAACCGAGAACAGAGAAUGUUUAUAAUCGCCCUGCGCGUCACAACCAUAAAACUUGGCUGAAGUGAAGCUGCGCGACAUGUUCAAUGGAUAGUUUUCUGAUUGUGAAACGCAUUUUUAAUAUGUAAACUAAAUAUAUACAUCAAAUAUUUAUAUGUAUAUGAAUGUGAAAACUAUUUUUGCUAGCUUUUAAGACGCCGUUUUUUUGUUCGUCUUAUUUUGAAACGUGUAUGUAUGUAUGUAUAACUCUCCGAAUAGGUAGUAUGUAUCUAUAUUGUACAUUUUUGUGU